CUGGCAGCAAGCUGCUGGUAGCUUGAUUGAGCAAAGACGGCAAGAAGCGACCGACCGGCGGGGGAGGCAGCAAGGCAAGGAGAGGACAGGGGGAAUUUAGGCUGUGUCCCGUAUUUGGAAUAAGCAAGACUACAGUACAGCUUUUCUCUGGACAUGAAACGAGCUCCUCUGUAACCUUCAGAAAACGGAUUUGCAUUUGUGACGGCUGACUUAAAGGUUGUUAGAGUUUAACAAACCCAGUCGUCGCCUUGAACUGUGAAGAAACUCAACAGACGUUUGGUUUGUGAACGAAGAAUGGGAUUUAAAGAACAUAUCUGCCAGCACUGAGUUAGGAAAACAAGGAGAUAUCUUCCCUUUGGACGAAAUAUAACCAUACAGUCGAAAGGAGGCGAAAUUAGUCCAUACCUGUUAGCACACUGUACUAAAUAAGUUAACUCUUAGGGAAAAGAAGCAAUAAUGGGCUUAAGAAACGGAGAAAAGUAACGUUAACAUUAGCUCGCUGGCUAGCUAAAUAGCUAACCUAGCAGCCUGCUAACUAAGCCUGUGUCGCCCUUCCAUUCCUGGAGCAGAGGAGGGGCGCUGGGGCUUUGUAGCAUUGCAGAUCUGCCUUGCAUUUUUGGGUUGCUGCAAGAAUGGAGAAUCCCACAUAUCUGCCACAACAACUCAGGGGGAUCUGUUGAACCGCAUCGAGUCGGCUUUAACGACUAUUUUCACUCAGAGAAGACCAGAAAACUGCCAGCUAACGUUGGGAUUUCAUAAAAAUCAGCCGGCCCGGGGCAGCCAGGGUCUGUAAUUGUGACUACUUCUUUUCUUAUGUGCCCUGUGGGGAUAGGUAUAACAAAAUGGGGAAGUGCUGCACGUCUUUUCCACCUCCCAGAUACUGGAUCUCGAGAGGGAGAUCAUGAAUAGCUCGGUUUUAACGUGGAAUUAGCCCCGGCUCGCCCUCUACUUAAAGUUUUCUUAUUUUCGGGACAUAUUCAAGGUGAGAGAACUUCUUUUACAGGCCCCUCUGUCCUAACUAACAGGCCGAGGAGGUGUUUGCUCAUUCCACCUCCACCAUCACCUCCUGCUCCUGUUCUUCACCUUCUCAAUCAUCAUUAGUUCAGAAACCAACUAUCCGGAGUAAUCAUGUCGGGAGAGGUGCGUUUGAAGAAGCUGGAAAAGCUGAUCGUGGACGGACCAGCUAAGUCUAAUGGCCAGUGCCUGAGUGUGGAAACGCUGCUGGAUAUCCUGGUCUGCCUCUACGAUGAAUGCAACAACUCCCCGCUCAGAAGAGAGAAAAACAUCCUGGAGUUUUUGGAAUGGGCCAAACCCUUCACUUCAAAAGUGAAACAGAUGCGCCUGCACAAGGAGGACUUCGAGAUCCUUAAGGUGAUUGGACGAGGAGCUUUUGGAGAGGUUGCAGUCGUAAAAGUGAGAAACACUGACAAGGUAUUCGCUAUGAAGAUUCUGAACAAGUGGGAGAUGCUGAAGCGAGCUGAGACGGCAUGUUUUCGGGAGGAGCGUGACGUGUUAGUUAAUGGGGACUGCCAGUGGAUCACCACUCUGCACUAUGCCUUCCAGGACGACAAUAACUUGUACCUGGUCAUGGACUACUAUGUGGGUGGUGACCUCCUGACUCUGCUUAGUAAAUUUGAGGACCGGCUGCCGGAGGAAAUGGCCAAGUUCUACCUGGCUGAGAUGGUCGUGGCCAUAGACUCUGUUCACCAGCUACACUACGUCCACAGGGACAUCAAGCCCGACAACAUCUUACUGGAUAUGAACGGCCACAUCCGCCUGGCUGACUUCGGCUCCUGCCUCAAACUCAUGGAGGACGGGACGGUCCAGUCCUCUGUGGCGGUGGGAACUCCAGACUACAUCUCCCCAGAAAUCCUCCAGGCUAUGGAGGACGGGAAGGGCAAGUACGGGCCUGAGUGCGACUGGUGGUCUCUGGGUGUCUGCAUGUAUGAAAUGCUGUACGGCGAGACUCCUUUCUAUGCAGAGUCCCUGGUGGAAACCUACGGAAAGAUCAUGAAUCAUAAGGAGCGAUUCCAGUUCCCACAGCAGAUAACAGACGUGUCAGAGGAGGCAAAGGACCUGAUCCGUCGACUCAUUUGCAGUCGGGAGCACCGACUGGGCCAGAACGGCAUCGAGGACUUCAAACAGCACCCGUUCUUUACUGGCAUUGAUUGGGACAACAUUCGUACAUGUGAGGCCCCAUAUAUCCCAGAGGUCAGCAGUCCUACAGAUACCUCCAACUUUGAUGUGGACGACGACUGCCUGAAAAAUUCGGAGACCAUGCCCCCUCCAUCUCACACUGCCUUUUCUGGCCACCACCUGCCCUUUGUGGGUUUCACCUACACCAGUAAAUGUAUCCUGUCAGACCGAGGAUGCCUGCGGAAGUUGUCGGUGGAGCCAGAUAAGGCAGGACAGGACGAAGUAGACUUAGACGUCCAGCGUGGCCUGGAGGACAGUCUGGCCACUGAGGCCUACGAGCGGAGGAUUCGCCGCCUAGAGCAGGAAAAACUUGAGCUGAGCCGCAAAUUGCAAGAGUCAACACAGACGGUUCAGGCGCUGCAGCACCCAUCAGGUGAAGGUCCCCUCAAUGUUAACAAGGAGGUGGAGAUCAGGAGUCUGAAGAGCGAGAUUGACAUCCUGAAGAAGCAGAUCGCUGACUCAGGUCAGCUGGAAAAGCAGUUGGAAGAUGUGACGUUGGCCCGCAGGGACCUGGAGGACUCCUCCAAACACAUUAAAACUCUUGAGAAACAGAUGAGGGGCAUCACACAGGAAAGAGAUGACAUGCAUAAGGACCUACUGGAGGCCAGCGAGAAGCUCAAGUCUCAGUCAAAAGAUCUGAAAGAAGCCCACAGCCAGAGAAAACUGGCCAUGCAGGAGUUUUCAGAACUCAAUGAGAGACUCACAGACCUCAGGUCAGCAAAGCAGCGUCUGGCUCGCCAGUUACGUGACAAGGAAGAGGAGAUGGAGAGCCAGAAUCAGAAGGUUGAGGCUCUCCGCCUUGAGGUGCGAAAGGCUGAGAGGGCCAGGAAGGAGAUGGAGGCACAGGCAGAGGAGCAGGCGGCCGAAGCCCAGAAGGAGCGGAAGCUCAGAGAACGAAAUGAGCAAUACAGCCGACAACUAGAGGAGGAGCUGGAAGGGCUUAAAUUGAAGCAGGUCGGCCCCUCCGCUGCUGUGUCUUCCGCAGAUCAGUCCCAAGAGGUGGGCCGCCUGCGGGGGGACCUGGAGAAGAAGACGCUUCUGUACGAGGAAGAGCUGGCACGCAGGGAAGGGCAGCACGGCACCGAGGUCAAGGCCCUGCGCAAGGAACUGAGGGACGCCGAGAGCCAGCAACUGGCCCUGCAGAAAGAGAUCCUCAUGCUCAAAGACAAGCUGGAGAAGACACGUCGUGAGAGUGAUGAUUGCAUGAGCCAAAGCGAGCGGGAAGAGUUUGAGACUGAGUACAAGCAGAAGUAUGAGAGAGAGAGAAUCCUCCUCACAGAAGAGAAUAAGAAGUUGUCUAGUGAAUUGGAUAAGCUCACAAGCAUGUUUGAGAAAAUGAGCAGCUCCAACCGGCAGCUGGAGGAAGAGAUGAGGGAGCUUGCUGACAAAAAGGAGAGCGUAGCACACUGGGAGGCGCAGAUCACAGAAAUCAUUCAGUGGGUGAGCGAUGAGAAGGAUGCUCGAGGCUACCUACAGGCUCUUGCCACUAAGAUGACAGAGGAGCUGGAAGGACUGAGGAACUCCAGCCUGGGAGCGAGAGCGACGGACAUGCCAUGGAAGAUGCGUCGGUUUGCGAAGCUGGACAUGUCAGCCCGUUUGGAGCUGCAGUCGGCCCUGGAUGCAGAGAUCAGGGCCAAACAAGGCAUCCAGGAUGAACUGAACAAGGUUAAGGCCAACAACAUCUCCACAGAAUGUAAACUGCAGGAAGUGGAGGCAAAAAAUCAGGAACUCCUGGCUGAAAUCGACAGGCUGAAGAAGGAGACGGAGGAGCUACGGCUACGCAGAGGUGUCAAGCACCAGGAUUCCCAGAAUUCCUUCUUGGCUUUCCUCAACGCCCCCACCUCAGCACUUGAUCAGUUCGAUGACUCUUAUUCUUCAUCCUCAUCCUCUUUAAUUGAGUUUUGGGAAGACCGCUCGCCAUCCGUUGGCCCAGCUAGCAAAGGCAGACGUGUGGACUCUAUGGAUAACUUCACCCCCUCCAACACUCCAUCUAGGGAAGAUGACCCUAAGUCCCACCUCAAGCAGCGUUCACGUUCCCCCUCCAUGGCUAGUGAUAUGGAGCCCAUAGAGUUGAUAGAUCAUCCUCCCCGUACAGUCCAGACACCCACUAUGCGAUCAGGAGGAUACGGCAGCAUCGGGCGCUCUUCACCUAAGCCAAAAGCACAUCAGUUUGUGGUGAAAACAUUCAACACACCCACUAAGUGUAACCAGUGCACGUCACUCAUGGUCGGGCUCAUACGUCAAGGGUGUACCUGUGAAGUUUGCAACUUUUCCUGCCACGUGACAUGUGCGGACAAGGCUCCGGCUGUGUGUCCCGUACCCCAGGACCAGACCAAGGGCCCACUGGGUAUCGACCCACAGAGGGGUAUCGGUACUGCAUAUGAAGGGCACGUCAGGGUUCCCAAACCAACAGGGGUGAAGAAGGGCUGGCAGAGGGCAAUGGCAGUGGUGUGUGACUUUAAGCUGUUCUUGUAUGAACUGGGAGAAGGAAAAGCUACACAGCCAAGUGUCAUAGUCAGCCAAGUCAUAGAUAUGAGGGAUGAAGAAUUUUCAGUCAGUUCUGUCUUGGCCUCCGACGUCAUCCACGCCAGUCGCAAAGACAUCCCCUGUAUAUUCAGAGUGACUGCAUCCCAGCUCUCUCCCUCUAGCAGCCACAAGCCUUCCAUCUUGAUCUUGGCUGACAGCGACCAGGAGAGGAACAAGUGGGUGGGCCUCCUCAAUGAACUCCACCGUAUCCUCAAGAAGAACAAGCUCAAGGAGCGCUUUGUCUAUGUCCCCAAGGAGGCGUACGACAGUACCCUGCCGCUCAUCAAGACGACACAGUCCGCUGCUAUCAUAGAUCACGAGCGUGUUGCCCUGGGCAACGAGGAAGGCCUCUUUGUCAUCCAUGUCACCAAAGAUGAAAUAAUCCGGGUGGGGGACAACAAGAAGGUGCACCACAUCGACCUCAUCCCCCAGGAGCAGCUGCUGGCCGUCAUUUCCGGCAGGAACCGCCACGUCCGUCUCUUCCCCACACAGGCACUGGAUGGCCGUGAGACCGAGUCCUACAAGCUGGCUGAAACAAAGGGCUGCCAGACCAUCGUCUCGGGUCCCGUCCGCAACGGCUCCCUCACCUGCCUCUGCGUAGCCAUGAAGAGACAGAUCAUAUGUUAUGAGGUGAAUAAGAGCAAGGCACGGCACCGUCGGCUGCGGGAGCUCCAGGCCCCGGGGCCUGUCCAGUGGAUGGGUCUGCUAAAUGAGCGUCUGUACGUGGGCUAUCAGUCUGGCUUCACCCGCUACAGCGUCCAUGGUGACGUGUCUCCGGUCAGCCUGCUUCACCAUGAGGAUCACACACUGGCCUUCAUCCCCCAGCAGGGCCUGGACGCCCUCUGUGCUGUGGAGAUUUCCAGCAAAGAGCUGCUGUUGUGUUUCAGCUCCAUUGGGGUCUACGUGGACUCGCAAGGUCGCCGGUCACGUCAGCAGGAGCUCAUGUGGCCGGCGGUGCCCAGCUCCGCCUGCUAUAACGCCCCCUACCUGUCAGUAUACAGUGAGAACGCUGUCGACGUGUUUGAUGUCAACACUAUGGAAUGGAUUCAGACCAUCCCUCUGAAGAAGGUGCGACCUCUGAACGUAGACGGCUCUUUGAACCUUCUGGGGCAAGAAACAGUCCGACUCAUCUACUUCAGAAACAAGAUGGCUGAGGGUGAUGAGCUGGUCGUCCCGGAGACGUCAGACAACAGCAGGAAGCAGAUGGUGCGCAGCAUGAAUAACAAGAGGCGCUUCUCCUUCAGGGUGCCUGAAGAAGAGCGACUGCAGCAGAGGAGAGAAAUGCUACGGGAUCCAGAAAUGAGGAACAAGUUGAUCUCCAACCCCACCAACUUCAACCAUGUGGCCCACAUGGGACCAGGAGAUGGGAUCCAGAUCCUUAAAGACCUGCCCAUGAACGUCCGUGUUCAGGAGAGCCGCGCAGGUUUCAGCGGUUCAGUCAGCAUCCCCUCCAUCACCAAGAACCGGGCCGAGCCGGGCCGCUCCAUGAGCGCCAGCAGCGGACUGGGCAUACGCUCGUCCUCUCAGAACGGUAGUGCUCUUCGCAGGGAGCUGUCAGGAGGAAGCUACGGGUCCAAACGGCAGACCAUGACCUCCCCCUCGGAGAGCUCCCUGUCCUCUGGAGGGGGCAUGGACUGUGGAGAUGCCCCACUAUCACAGUUCGACAGAGAGUGGCAGGCAGUCUCGCCGUCGGAGAAGACCCCCGAUCUGAAAAGGGCUUUAAGGACCCUGCUUAGUAAGAUGAAGGACUCCGACUCCCCCCGUCACUCCACGGCCUCCAACAGCUCCACGUUCAGCAGUCCCCCGAGUCCAGCCUCCCCACACAAGACCAAGUCCCUGUCCCUGGAGAGCACAGACCGGAUGGGCUGGGACACAUGAGCCCCUCCCCCUCCCACCACCACCACCACCCCCCCGUUAGCCGCCCGACCAACUGACCGACCGACAGCACAGGACUCCAACCCCCAACCCCCACCCACCGCCAUCACAACCCCCAUCUCCCCUCCCCCACCAGGCUUCCCACAUCCACUCAGAUACCCCCCACGGCCCAGAGAACUGCACCUCCUGUCCAACUCGUCCCACUCACCUGGGUUCGUCUCUCAGCGUACUUCCACGUCGGGGCAGAAGCUUCUUCUUGUAGAAAGUUGUCUUUUUUUCUGGGGGAGAGUUCUGAAAACACUGUGGUAGCGUUUUCUGUGAUGUUUGCGAGUGCGUCUGUUUGCGCUUUCACCGGCGUGCGUGCAUGUGUUCACGAAGAAAAGGCCAGAUAGAACCAAUGGGCUCCCCUUUGGCUCUUUUUUUUGCAAUCGACCGAGUUAAAACCGAAGAGCUUCGACGCCGCUCCGUUCACGGCGCCCAUCGCCCCCUCGUUCAGAGACUCGAACGCCUCACGAUGCAACAAAAAAGAAGAGGAUUAUUAUUGAAAGCAAAUGAUUUGUACUUGUAUAUAGGACCCUGUGGGUUUUAGGGGACAAUAUUUUAAUUUAUUUAUCAAUCUUAGAUAAGGAAAGGGAGGUUUGCUUCAUGGCCCUAAAGCAGACGGGUGGAGUUGAACCCCUCACUUCCCUCACAUGUUUUCUCUUUAACAGAAGCUACAUCAUUUGAAAAUGGAAAAAAGAAAAAAAAAAGAGAAAGAGAAAGGCAUUUUUAUUUUUUGCUCAUGAUACUAAGUGCAGUGACUUUAUAUUUUUUAUUUUGACCAUCAGCAAAAAGCUCGAAGCAGCGUUAAAGACAUUCUGCCGGCUCAUAUGACAUCACCCCAGCUCCUCUCUCCUCAUUGGUCCAAGUGCAACCAACCCCGGCAGCCUUCAGCUGGGCGUGUCCUCAGUUUUGUAGCGUAGACGUUCCACUUUUGCUGUACAACCAAACUGACCAACUCACCGAUUUUCCCAUCACAAUAAUGUACAUAAAGUAGAGAGUAAUAUAUGAUAAGGAAAAUACUAUAGAGAACUACACAUGACGGAGAAAAUCCUCGCUUCUUUUACUUUGGAUUUUGUUGUUUUGAGUGAUUUUGGGGUUGUAUUCACACAAAAGCCAUUUUAAACCACUUUCCAGUUUGUUUGUUUUUUUUUACCAAUUGAUUUUAGAUUUGUUUUUUUAUUGUAUGUAUGACACGCGUUGUGUUUUUUUUUUUCUUUCCUUUUCCCCACUUGGUUUGCAUUUGAGUGCUUGUUAACGGAUCGACACUACUGCCCGUACUGUAGAGUGAACGUUAUUAUUACUCUUAAUAUUCUUAUUUACCUGCCACCGUAGCUCAGUCCCACACCUCUUAUAUCAGUAUAAGCUGAGGCGGUGCUUUCACACAGCAGAAUGCCUUGUCCUGCUCCAGUGAAGUGGCAGGAGACCAAACAUUUAAUCAAACAGUUGUAAAAAAAAAAAAAAAAAAGUGCGAGUUUCCAGAUUUCACUGUGGUACCAGAACGGAAGGAAGUGGCCAGAGAGCAGCUUGAUGAUCCAAAAAAAAUUAAAAAUGGGGAAAAAAGAGGGACACUUUGCAUCUUUAUAGUCGCUUAUGUUUGAAUGUUUAAAUUAAUUCUGAAACAGUAAAAAUAUAGAAUGUAAAACUGCAAGACGAUCUGGUUUUCCGAGCUCCCCAUGGUGGCAGUUGUGUGUGAAAUGAGCCAGACAGGUUCUCUGCAGUUUGACUUUUUGGCAGAAUGGAAAAACAAAACAAAAAAAAAAGCUAUAUAAAGACGUUUUGUGGCUGCAGAAUGGGGCAUUCACAGCCAAACACCUGUUACCUCUGCUCGUCUCUGAUGCUAAAAACACUAUGACGUGCUCACAUUGUGGUAUUACGUUGUCGAGAGAACGCACAUGAUGAUAAAAUGCUACAGAGUUUUACUCAGUAUUAUUGGACGCCGGGCAAACAGCUCUCCUGCUGUGUAUUUUGUUUUGGUUUUUUUUUUAAACCCGGCACACCAGUAAUGGCUGUUCUUUUGUGCUGCUGAAACUGAACCAGGCUGUGUCGUCUUUCUGUUUGGGUCACAAUCCUCAACUUUAUUCCGAUUGUUUGUUCGAAAGGGAAACAAG